ACCAAGCAUCCUCCGCCGGGGAGGUGGGGCAGGACGGCGCCGCCGCCUCCGCUGCCGCCGGAGGAAGGUUCGGCAGUCCGGGGCGGCCCUUCCCAGUCCCGGCAGCCCCAGCCCGCCGGCACUCGCCAGCCAUCGCGACUCGACCGCACUCCUGUCCCCCUGCGCUGUCCGGAGGGAGCCGCCCCCGCCCCGGGCGCGGUGGCCAUGGGGCCGCGGGUGCUGUCCGCUCUGCUCUGGGCCCUCUUCCUCCUGGGCUGCCCGUGCCCGCCGCCCGCCGCCGCCCGCCUGGACUCCCCAUAUAACAGCAGCAUACCCAGUGUCAGAAGUUUUGUAUUUAUUUUUCCAAGUCAGCAGGAUGACCCAAUACCUAUUGAAGGGGAUGCUGAAGAUGACUUGGAAGCUGGAUCAGGAGCCACCAAUCAGACUGCAUCAUUCCCACGUGAGCAACGAACAGUGUCAGUGGAAACAGCAAGAUACCUUACUAGUCCCUGGCUGACACAGUUUGUUCCUUCAGUUUACACCCUAGUGCUUGUGCUUAGUCUCCCCCUGAACAUUACAGCAAUAGUCGUGUUUCUGAAAAAAAUGAAAAUUGAAAAACCAGCUGUAAUAUACAUGCUGAACUUGGCCCUUGCAGAUGUCCUGUUUGUAAGCGUGCUUCCGUUCAAGAUUUCUUAUCACUUUUCUGGAAAUGACUGGGUUUUUGGACCUGGAAUGUGCCGUUUCAUCACUGCUGCCUUCUACUGUAACAUGUACUGUUCAGUAAUGCUUAUGACAAGCAUAAGUUUCGAUCGCUUCUUAGCAGUGGUGUAUCCCAUGCAGUCCCUCGGGUGGCGCACCUUACCCCGUGCCGCCCUGAUUUGUUUCAUCAUAUGGCUUGUAGCAGUAGCAGGGGUUAUGCCUUUCCUCAUCAGAGAGCAAACGAUGAAAAUACCCACGCUAAAUAUAACGACCUGCCACGAUGUGCUAGCAGAAUCUGAACUUCACGGCUAUUACGUUCAUUUCUUCUCAGUCUUCUCUGCUGUGUUUUUUGUAGUGCCAUUUAUAAUUUCAACUGUCUGUUACAUCUGUAUCAUUCGAUGUCUUAGUUCUUCUACCAUCGUUGCAAAACAAAAUAAGAAGACACGUGCCUUGUUUUUAUGUGUGGUUGUUUUUUCUGUUUUUGUUCUUUGCUUUGGACCAACAAAUGUCCUCCUAUUAAUUCACUAUAUCCAUUUUUCUUAUGACAAUAGCUUAGAGUAUCUCUACUUUGCCUAUCUACUCUGUGUUUGUAUCAGCAGCAUCAGCUGUUGCAUUGACCCCUUUAUUUACUACUAUGCUUCUUCUCAGUAUCAGAGACAACUUUUCAGUCUCUUCAGUUGUAAAAAGGCUUUUGAUCCUAACAGUAGCAACAGCACUGGCCAGUCAAUGUCUACUACAAGUAGAAGGGCUACGUGCUCUACUAAUGUGAAUAAUAGUGUCUACAGGAAAUUACUAGCAGUGCAUGCUUAAUUUUUAGGAAUUUUCAUGAAGAAAAAAAAAAA